CAAAUCUCCAUUUUCUAAGAAAAACAAUGUCCAAAGUUAAACCUAGUUCUUCAAUUCUCCUACUGUUUCUUCUCUUCACAAUUUCCCAAGCCAAUCCCACAUAUAACUACCAUAUCUGUUCAAAUACAUCAACUUAUAAUUACAAACCAAACAGCACAUUCCAAUCAAACCUAAACCUUCUCUUCUCCAACCUCACCUUAAACUCGGGCACAAUCGAAACAGGUUUCUACAAAACAAACAUAAACGAAUCCGUUUACGGUCUUUUCCUCUGCCGGGGAGACCUCUCCACUGAAGUUUGUCAAAACUGCGUCUCCACCGCCACAACAGAAUCUCCAAACCUCUACUGCCCCUCCUCAAAACGGGUUUCGAUUUGGUACGAGGAAUGCAUGCUUCGUUACUCAGAUCAACCCAUCUUUUCAGUACUUGAUGAUCGAAGUUUUUCGCCUGUUCUAUAUAGUACACAGAACGUAACCAUGGACGUGGCCGAAUCAGAUUUACUUCCUCCUCUAUCGUUGUUGUUAGGUGUGUUGGAGAGUGUGAAUGAUCAAGCUGCUAAUGCGAUAAAUUAUAUCGGGAAGAGAUUUGCUGUUGGAACAUAUAGUUAUUCUUUUGGGCAAAAUGAAACUAUGAAUGAUUCUAAUAAAAUGAAUUUGUAUGCUAUGGCGGAGUGUUUGCCGGAUAUUGGAAGGGAUGAUUGUAUUAGUUGUCUACAGAAUGCGACGUCGAGUCUUGAAACAUGUUGUGAAGGAAGAAGAAGGAUUGGAGUUAGGAUUCUUAUGCCUAGUUGUAGUUUAAGGUAUGAAUCGUACCUUUUUUAUAACGUUACCUCCACAUCGCCGCCAUCGUCGAAGCCAGGUGGGGGGAGAAGUAUUUUUAAAGGAGGAAUUUUUGUGAUUGUUGUUGCCUCGGUCCUUUUGCUAAUAACUUUGAUAUGUUUCAUCUUGAGAAAGAAAAAGAAAUUUCGACAAGCUCAAGAAGAUAAAUUAGGUGGAGACGACGAGGAUGAAUUCACAAAAGCGGAGUUGGAGCAGUAUGAUUUUGAAACUAUACAAACAGCCACAAACAACUUCUCCAAAGAUAACAAGUUAGGGGAAGGUGGAUUUGGUAUGGUCUAUAAGGGUAUAUUUAUAAAUGGUCAAGAUAUUGCUGUUAAGAGAUUGUCUUUAAUGUCAAGACAAGGAACACGAGAGUUCAAGAAUGAAGUGUUGUUAGUUGCUAAGCUUCAACACCGGAAUUUAGUGAAGUUAUUAGGUUUCUGUUUGGAAGGAGGAGAAAAGAUGCUCAUUUAUGAGUAUGUUCCGAAUCGAAGCCUCGAUUAUUAUCUCUUUGAUCCCAUCCAUCGAGAGAAGUUGAAUUGGACUACACGAUACAAAAUUAUAAAAGGAAUUGCUCGAGGACUUCUUUAUCUUCAUGAAGAUUCUCAACUAAGGGUUAUACAUCGAGAUCUGAAAGCUAGUAAUGUGUUACUAGAUGCGGAUAUGAACACAAAAAUAUCAGAUUUUGGGAUGGCAAGGAUAUGUGUUGCAGAUCAAAGUCAAGGAAACACAAAUAGGAUAGUCGGAACAUAUGGUUAUAUGUCACCAGAAUAUGCGAUGCAUGGACAGUUCUCGGUGAAGUCAGAUGCAUUUAGUUUUGGUGUACUAAUCUUAGAGAUCAUAAGUGGAAAGAAGGUUAGUUCGAACUUUCAACACUUGGAUUGCAUUGGCCUCCUUAACUAUGCUUGGAAACUUUGGAGUAAUGGGAUACCCCUAGAGUUUGUCGACAAUGCAUUAGGAGAAUCUUACUCGAAAAAGGAGAUUAUUCGGUGCAUGCAUAUUGGGUUGUUAUGCGUACAAGAAGAUCCCGAAGCUAGACUUUCCAUGAUUGACGUCGUUUUGAUGCUCAAUAAUGAUGAUUCAUUGAGUCCUCCGUCUCCUCGACAACCUGUUUCAGUUUUUCGUUACAAUUCUGAGCCUAAUCGAAUUGAAGAUGAUAAAUCAGUUUCUCUAAAUAAAAUAACUAUUUCUGAGGUUUGUCCAAGAUAAAUAUUCUCAUUGUAUAAGUAAUUAUAUUAUACUAGACAUAGAACAAUUUUAUGUCAUACUCAAUCAUUGAGUAGAGUUUCCAAGUGA